AGUUUUGUGUACCGCCUCCCUCCAUUCGCUCACUGGCCCUUUCAUUCUCUCUCUCCCUCAUUCCCUCUCUCUCUCCUCUCCAGCGCUGGUCAUCCCCUCGCUCCCUCCUCUCCAGCAGUGGUUGCACCAGAUCCUACUUAAAGAGCUACUCUUCUCUCUUGUUUAUUGACUGAGAUUUACCCCAAAUAACCCUGCAAAGGCCAAGAAAUGACUCCCUAAGGAAGAUAUCCUAAAGUUUAAAGAUUGUCUCAUCUCAGCUCUAAGACCAGUGUGGGGAGCCGGACACAGAAUCAGGAUCUAUAGGUCCUCACAGGUGCUGGGAUUUAGUGGUACCAGCAACAGCACUACCAGCAACUAUGACCAAGAGCAACGGGGAGAACCCGCAGGCCCGAAGCCGAGUCAGACAGAUCCGCGAUGGCCUCCAGUCCCGUUCCCUGAAGGCUGUGCAGAGGGUGGAGAGUGUCACUAAGGAUGAUGUCAAGGGUUUCUUCCGCAGAAACGCCUUUGUGAUCUUCACUGUCGCUGCGGUCAUCAUUGGUAUAGGGCUGGGAUUUGCCCUGCGGCCAUACAAGAUGACCUACCGCGAGGUGAAGUAUUUCUCAUUUCCUGGAGAGCUGCUGAUGAGGAUGCUGCAGAUGCUGGUGCUUCCCUUGCUGGUGUCCAGUCUCAUCACAGGCAUUGCAGCAUUGGACAGCCGUGCCUCUGGGAAGAUGGGUAUGCGGGCAGUAGUGUACUACAUGACCACCACAGUCAUCGCAGUCUUCAUCGGCAUCGUCAUGGUGCUCAUCAUCCACCCUGGGAAGGGCUCCAAGGAUGAAUUCAAAAAUCAGCAGAAGAUUGAGCAGGUCAGCCCUGCUGACGCUUUCAUGGACCUCAUCAGAAACAUGUUCCCUCCAAACAUUGUGCAAGCUUGCACACAGCAGUUUAAAACGCAGUACGGAAAGAGAGUGGUCCAUGUGAAGAUGACGGUGAACGAUACCUUGAACGGGACCAAGGGGCAGCAUAUCAUGCGGGAGGAAGUGAUCCCCAUCCCGGGGCAGGUGAACGGGGUCAAUGCCCUGGGUCUGGUCGUGUUCUCCAUAUGCUUCGGUCUCAUCAUUGGCAGCAUGAAGGAGCAGGGCAAGCCCCUCAAGGACUUCUUUGUCUGUCUCAACGAGGCUAUCAUGAGACUGGUGGCCAUUAUCAUGUGGUAUGCACCCGUUGGUAUCCUGUUUCUCAUAGCUGGGAAGAUAGUGGAGAUGGAUGACAUCACAGAAACGGGCGGCCAGUUGGCCAUGUACACUAUAACAGUCAUCAUUGGCCUGUCUAUCCAUGCCUUCCUGGUACUGCCCACACUCUACUUUGUGAUCACACGGAAGAAUCCCUUUGUCUUCAUCUGUGGAAUCCUACAGGCUCUCAUCACCGCAUUGGGGACCUCAUCUAGCUCAGCCACGUUGCCUAUCACCUUUAAGUGUCUGGAGGAGAACAAUGGGGUAGAUAAGAGAGUGACACGCUUCGUGCUGCCAGUGGGCGCCACCAUCAACAUGGACGGCACCGCCUUGUAUGAAGCUAUCGCAGCUCUCUUCAUAGCCCAGGUCAACAACAUGGACAUGAACUUUGGACAGAUCCUCACUAUAAGCAUCACGGCCACAGCAGCAAGUAUCGGUGCAGCUGGGAUACCACAGGCUGGACUGGUCACCAUGGUGAUUGUGCUGACCUCUGUUGGACUGCCCACUGAUGACAUCACCCUCAUCAUUGCAGUGGAUUGGUUCCUAGACAGGUUGCGUACCACCACUAACGUGCUGGGAGAUUCCAUUGGCACAGGUAUUGUUGAGUAUCUGUCUCGUCAUGAGUUACAGUCCAAGGAUGCGGAGAUGGGGAACUCUGUGGUGGAGGAGAAAGACAAGAAAUCAUACCAGCUCAUCGCCCACGAGAACGAGUAUGAAAACGAGAAGCCUCCAGACAGUGAGACCAAGAUGUAGGACCACAGUUUGACCACUGUGGUGUUUUUAAUCCCAUGGUAAAGGGAAGCAACCCAUGUCAAUCCUCAAAACACUACAAAAAACGACAUUGUUUGUUUAGACCAAGAAGCUGAACCAAGAGUAUGUACAGGAUGUAUUUUAUUUGAUCAAGAGUUCCGCAGCUGUUCGUGCUGAUGAGAUUUCAUUGAAUAACUUCUGCAGCCGUUCGUGCUGAUUAGAUUUCAUUUAAUCAUUUCUUGAUAUUGAUCUAAUCAAGAAGAUACAGUGGGGUCUGAAAUCAUUAACACCGUUGAUAAAAAUCAGCAAAAAUGACCGUAUCAAAUAAAUAAUUAAAAUACUGAGUUAUAUUGUAUGCACAAAAAAAGAGAAGUUAUAUUAUUUUAUACUUAUAGAAUUGUGCGGAAAAAUAGAUUUUGUUUAAGAAGUCAUGUAUUCUUUUUUCCAAAAGGUAAGGGUCAAAAUAAUUGACACCCCUGUUUUCAAUACCUUGUAAGGAUAACUACACUGAGCCUUUUGAUACAAAAUGUAAUGAGUUGGAGAACACAUUGGGAGGGAUCUUAAAGACCAUUCCUCCAUACAGAAUCCUUACAGAUCCGUGAUAUCCUUCAUCUGCGCUUAUGGACUGACAUGAAACCACCUGUGGUUUGAAUUGAAGAGGGCAGUCCAUAAGUGCAGACAAAGGGUAUCAAGGACCUGGAAAGAUUCUGUAUGGAGGAAUGGUCGAAGAUACCAAUGUGUUCUCCAAUCUUAUAACACAUUUUAGAAAAAUGCUCAGUGUCAUUAUUUUUGCAAGGUGAGGUAAAAAAACUAAUAUUACUCGUUAAACAAAAUCUAUUUCUCUGAGCAAUUGUAUUAGUACAAAAUAAUAUAAUUAAAAAAAGAAAUGGAGCAUACAACAUAGCUUAGUAUUUUAAUUAUUUUAAACAGUAUUUUUUGCUCAUACUUGAGUAAAAGUAAAGAUACCUUCGUAGAAAAUGACUCAAGUAAAAGUGAAAGUCACCCAGUAAAAUACUUCUUGAGUAAAAGUCUACAAGUAUUUGGUUUUAAAUAUACUUAAGUAUCGAAAGUUAAAGGAAUUGCUAAAAUGUACUUAAGUAUCAAAAGUAAAAGUAUAGCUCGAAUCCCCCAGCUGAUAAGGUAAAAAUCUGUCGUUCUUCCCCUGAACAAGGCAGUUAACCCCCUGUUCCUAGGCUGUCAUUGAAAAUAAGAAUUUGUUCUUAACUGACUUGCCUAGUUAAAUAAAGGUUAAAUAAAUAAAAAAUAAACCAUUUCACAUUCCAUACAUUAAGAAAUCCAGACGGCACAAUUUUUUAUUUUUUAUUUUUAUUGACGGAUAGCCUGGGGCACACUCAGACAUAAUUUACAAACGAAGUGCAUGUGUUUAGUGAGUCCGCCAGAUCAGAGGCAGUAGGGAUGACCAGGGAUGUUCUCUUGAUAAGUGUGUGAAUUGGACCAUUUUCCUGUCAAAAUGUAAAGAGUACUUUUGGGUGUCAGGGAAAAUGUAUGGAGUAUAAAAAGUACAUUAUUUUCUUUAGCAAUGUAGUGAAGUAAAAGUAGGCAAAAAUAUAAAUAGUAAAGUACAGAUUCCCCCCCAAAACGACUUAAGUAGUACUUUAAAGUAUUUUUACUUAAGUACUUUACACCACUGAUCUUUAUGGGUGUCAACCAUUUCAGACCCUACUGUAAAUCAAUGGUUUUAAGUGCCUAGUAUGAAUUACAUACAUAAAAUGUUCAACUUCUGAAUUAGAUACCCUUCAAACAAUAAUGAGUCAUUAGGACAUCCCCAGGAUGUCACAAAAUGGUCUCCUAAAGUUGUCAGGACGUUGUGUCAUGGUCCCUCCUGGAGGUUUUUGUCUAGUUUCCAGUUCGUCCCCUAAAGGUCAAAAAGAAAUGUUCUCCCCUGUAGUUUCAUUACACAUCACCCCCUGAUCAGCAUAUCCUAAAUCCAGAGGUUGUGAGUUAAAAUUGAAGGUGGGGUCAUAUUGAAAAGUCAGUACGAAGUGAUCAUGUCAAAUGUAAUCAUUGAUUAUAGAUUUUUACACUAUUUUAGAUGAACAGCCUACCACUUGCCUUAAAACCGCCAUACCAUUAUAUUACUUAUAAUGGUUUAGGACACAUGGGACCAUCACGUGACAAAAACUUCCAGGGGACCAUGACACAACAUCCCAAGAACGUUCAGGGGACCUUCAGGGGACCAUGACACAACGUCCUAAAAACGUCCCCGGGACAAACUAAGACCUAUGAAAAAGGUCCCCCAGAGAAUGUGCCCUUGGGACCAUCCGAAACCCUUAAGGGACCUAACCGGAAUGUCACUGAUUGUUCUCAGGAAGUCCCCUGUUUGCUGGGUAGGGAAUAACUAAGCAUCCCUGCCACUCUUCUAUAGGACGCCUUUACCAUACCCUUUGAUGGUGUUUAAAGUUCAACAGUUUGACAGAGAUGAUUUAUUUUUGAUAAGUCAGAUGUGAAAUUAUGUGGUCUUUUGUUGGGUCUUUGCAUCUUGCUUUUGUCUCUUAUGCCAUUUAAAAAAACAAUUUUUACUGCUGACAAACCAGAAUAGGUUGCCAAACCCUUUGCGUCAGAGCUUUUUAGAUUGAGGUUUUUGUUUGUAAAACUGCCAAAAUAUUCAUUUCAACCAGAGGUGGGAUUUGAACAGUAUGACAUUUUCUCAUAAUCGUACCAAAAAUAUAAACAAUUUCUGUAUGUUACAAUUUUGGUCAUGCCUUUUUGUGUAAAGACAUUACAGGGAUCCCUAUUAUGGUUGAACACGUUUCAUGAUUUGAUACUGAAACCCUUGAUGUCUAAGGUCUCUAUUUUAACAAACGUAAUGCAAUGAGCGCAAUAGCUGGCGGUGGCAUGAAAGCGCUGGGUUUUGAUGAAUAAUCAAGUUGUGGGUGUGUCGAGACGUGGCCCCUCACUGGCCAAUCAGAACAUGCUCCAUGGUUGCUUCAAGUUGUGCAUUUAAGGUCUUUUAUGUAUUGUGUUGUCGUCAACUCUAAUUCGAAUGUUAGUCCAUUAUAGCCUAGUUCCCUAAAUAGCCUGCCCCCAUAUUAACUAAAUAUGUUGAACAUGUUUGCAGUCCACAUUGAUCUAGUUGCAUUUCUUCAAUAUUGAAAUAGAUUGUUAAACAUAGGCUGUAGCGUGCUCACUAAUAUAGGGGCUAGGCGUACUCUUUAUUUCAUGCUGGACAUGGACAUGCAAGACGUAGUCAAUAAGUAAUAUUAAAUUCCCUAGGCUAUUGAUAUAGCCAAAGAAGACAGUAUAUCAUUCUAAUCAAAUUCUAAUAAAAAUGAAACCACAACUUGUUUUAAAUAGGCUAUGUUUAAAUACAGUUACAAGCACCGUAAUUGCUGCGUUGGGCGUAUAAUACAGACAAGGCAAUUUAGACUAUGGAGGGUUUUACGCGAUUCCAAACUGGAUAAAGAUCCAAUAUGAAGAGAAAAGGAGAAUGUCCGCUCACCGUUAUACUGCUCGCAAAAUGUCAUGUUUUAUAAACAUUAUGGAACCAUCUCACACAUCAUAUUUUCACUUCUCCAGAAAUUUCAGAUGAAAUUGCAUUUGAGCCUUAAACCAGCCUCACCAUAAACCCAUGGAAGGUGAAUCUUAAUCAUACGUUUAUCAAGUUCAUUAAAUGAAACAUUAAACAACACGUUUUUCAAACAACAGUAUUUCUAAAUAGGAUCGGGUCAGAAGCAUAUCAUAAAUCGCUUCUUUCGUUCCAUGGUACUGUGUGCACACGCAGGCCUAAAUGUCUUCACGCAUAACAUAUGCACAUCUACAGUAAACGAAAUACUAGGUUCCUGUCAAUUGUAUCGUUCCCUAUGUGCGAGGCAGAUUCUCAAAAAAAUCGGCCAAUAACAUAGCAUUAUAGGAGGACUGAAUAAUUUGGAGGAGCGUGUCUUCGGUAAUAGAAGGGGCGAUCUUUGAAAACGGGGAUGGAUAGCCUACUUGAACAAGCAAAAUUCAGGUAGACCAAUUCAAGCACCUUUAAUCAUAAGCUACUUGGAUAAUGGCCAGGAUAAAAACCAGCACCAAUGUGAUCCUGCUAAACCAGCCUUGGUUAAGGGGAGGAUAGGUUAUGCUUGGUUUUCUAGCAAAUUAAACGAAAUAGGGGGGAAACCAAUCGUUUUUUUAAUGUUAAUAAAUAUGAGAUUCACCAGCACAAAAGACACAUCUCUCCUUCUAUGGGCACCUAUGAGUCAUGGCAGGAUAGGCUGCGCUUCCUCUCUAAAAAUCCAUUCCAUUAUCAAAUCUGUUACAUGUCAAGACCUGCUUUUUGUGGGUCUUAAAACGUACCUUUAGCGCUGCUAAAAUUGUCACUUGCGCUCGUUUUUAAGGACACACAUCAGAUAUUGGCACCCCUCCCACCUCAGCGCCAUCGAGGUGACGUUAAACAGCUAAAUUGCCAAACCUGGCAUUAGGCCUGGAAAAUGCCAGUGCGCCAGUUUUUACAUGAUGAAAUUGCAAACUGACGUGCCUUUGACACUUGUUCCUCCUUAGAGCCAGCUGUAAAUAGACCACUAAAGGUAAUUGGUACUUUUCUGCUUUUAAACUUUUCAGUCUAUUAUUCUCAUCGAGAUCCUAUUAAAUUGUAGUUCCCAGUUCUAUGGUUAUACUGUCGUACUGAUUGGGCAGAAGAAAAUCUAGAAUGUAGAAUUGAGUGUGGUUGUUAUGUGACAUACCCAAAAGGUGCGACAAAUACAACUUGAAUUAACAUGAAUAUUGAAUUAACUAAUAGAAAAUGUAUUCACGCUCUAAAUCUCAUAUAGUGAGAAUUUUACAUUUCUUCUCAAUUUCUUUGCUAGAAAUUGUUUUGUAUAGAAAAAAGGUUUUGAUACAUGUAUAUAUAGAAUUUGAAGAGUAAAAGAUUACUUUAGGAGGAUGAUGGCUGUGAAGUUUCUGUAAAGACAUUCCUUUGAGAACUAGAAGAACCCCCUAGCUAUUAAGAACCUCCUUAGCUAUUAAGAACCCCCUAGCUAUGAAUAAUCUCCCUAGCUAUUAAGAAACUCCCUAGCUAUUAAGAACCCCCUAGCUAUGAAGAACCCCCUAGCUAUGAAGAACCUCCCUAGCUAUUAAGAACCUCCCUAGCUAUUAAGAACCUCCUUAGCUAUUAAGAACCCCCUAGCUAUGAAUAAUUUCCCUAGCUAUUAAGAACCUCCCUAGCUAUUAAGAACCCCCUAGCUAUGAAGAACCUCCCUAGCUAUUAAGAACCUCCCUAGCUAUUAAGAAUCUCCCUAGCUAUUAAGAACCCCCUAGCUAUGAAGAAUCUCCCUAGCUAUUAAGAACCUCCCUAGCAAAUGGGGUGCCAUUUGCGUCCCAAAUGGCACCCCAGUCCCUAUAUACGUAGUACCCUAUUUAUAUUACACUAUUUUUGACCAGAGCCCAAUGGGCCCUGGUCAAAAGUAGUGCACUACAUAGGGAAUAGUGUGUCAUUUAGGAAGCAUUCCCAAAUCCCAUAUCUACACCGGCUAAUAAGUGGAAGCUAUGUGAAACAAACUUUUGAAAAGAUUUAAUGAGUUCCAUUUGUUUACAAUUGAUUUUGGUGUCAUGUUUGAUAUGUUUGUUUGUUAGCGCUUCAAAUAAUUAACGACAAACAUAAAAAUCCCCCAAAAAUCUGAAAGCAAAUGCAGAUUUUUAUUUGUAUAGUUUUUAAUAAAACAUGGACCUUAAAA